CAUCCCCUGUUUGCUUUGAUUUCAUUCUUAUUUGAGAGAUGUGACCAGUCCACAGCUUCAUCUGUUAGUCAGCCAAUUAAAAAUAUUGAUAACGACAUUAACAAUCACUUCAUGAAAUUGCACCAAGAGGAAACACCUAUCUUCACAGAAGACUCAGAUGUUGAUAAUCUGAUGAUAGAAACCUUGAAAGUUCUUAAGAUUCAUUUAAUUGAGUUAGAAAAAGUUCAUGAUUUAUGCAAAGACUUCUGCUCAAGAUACAUAAGAUGUCUCAAAACAUCUAUGCAUUCGAGUCAACUUGUGCCCAUAGAUUUAGAUGAUGACAACGAAGCCAGCAUUGAAAUACCUAAUGCAGACAGCUCCCUUAUGUCACCUCUCAAGUCACCACUCAUUUCAACAAAUCUCAUUUCUCCUAUCUCCAAUUUAGGCCAGGGUCAGGUUGUUUCAGGGGGUACUGUUUACCAGAUGGUGCAGACACCACAAGGACUCGCAGUAGAAUGGCACGUUUCACAUCUUCAUAUUGCUAGUGCAGAUACACAAAUAUUUAUGAAUAGCGAUGAUGACAGUCAACAGAAAAAGUCAAAACGUGGAGUUUUGCCUAAGAAAGCAACGAAAGUUAUGAAAGCAUGGCUUUUCCAACAUCUUAGUCAUCCAUACCCAAACGAAGAUGAAAAACGACAGAUUGCUUCUCAAACUAAUCUCACAAUAUUACAAGUUAAUAAUUGGUUUAUAAAUGGGCGCAGGAGAAUUCUUCAACCAAUGAUGAAUUCGUCAAACGAAUUAGCCAAACAUAAGCCUAAACGACACAAUAAGAAAUCAGCUCAGAGAUUCUGGCCACCAACCUCAUCUGCAGAGCAGGCAGGUGGUGAGGAGGAGGAGGAGGAAGAAGAAGAUGAGGAGGACAACGAAGAAGAAACAGAUGAAGAAGUAAGACAUUCAUUCUUACGUUCUAUGUAUAGAAGUUUGGUAAUAAGAUUUUUCCAUGGUUCAGUUAAGAAACAACAGUUAUGCAUUUAUAAUUAUAUCAUAGUUCUAUAA